GCUCGAGCCCCAUCCCCAGUCCCUGGCACCCGGAGAACAAGGGGCAGCUGGCGCCGUCCAUUGGCGAGUGACAGGCACUUUACCACAGCCUGACUUCCCGGAUCCCCAAACCGCCUCCUACCUGCCCCCACUCCGGGAAACUUCCCCACUACUGCCUCUCCAGUCCUCAUGGGGGGCAGCGACUAAUCUUGGUUUCUUUUUGUAUUAAAGCUGCUUAAAGGCUGUAUCCUGAUUUGGGCACGUUCCACUUAUGCUUUCCUCGCCCUGUUGAUGCUUAGAGCUCUUCACUAGAAGAGAUAUCUAAGUACCAGUGAUUCUGUUUCCAAGUGCAAAGAACUGUAGCCCAAGGAACCAUGGAUAGAAGUGUGGGUGAGACAGAAAAUAGAGAUGCUUUCCUUGACCUGAAGAAGCCGCCGGCCUCCAAGUCGCCCCAUCGCUAUACAAAAGAGGAGCUCUUGGAUAUAAAAGAACGCCCUCAUUCCAAGCAGAGGCCCUCAUGCCUCUCUGAAAAAUACGACAGUGAUGGUGUCUGGGACCCUGAGAAGUGGCAUGCCUCCCUCUACCCAGCUUCCGGGCGGAGCUCACCAGUGGAAGGUCUGAAGAAAGAGUUGGAUACAGACCGGCCUUCCUUGGUGCGCAGGAUAGUAGAUCCACGGGAGCGUGUGAAAGAAGAUGACUUAGACGUUGUUCUCAGCCCGCAGAGACGAAGCUUCGGAGGGGGCUGCCACGUAACGGCUGCCACUAGCUCCCGGCGCUCAGGAAGCCCGCUGGAGAAAGACACUGAUGGGCUCCGCCUGCUUGGUGGACGAAGGAUUGGCAGUGGAAGGAUAAUCUCUGCUCGGACCUUUGAGAAGGAUCACCGUCUUAGCGAUAAGGACCUGCGGGACUUGAGGGACAGAGACCGAGAGAGGGACUACAAGGACAAGCGUUUCAGGAGGGAGUUUGGGGAUAGUAAGCGUGUCUUUGGUGAGCGUAGAAGAAAUGAUUCCUACACGGAAGAAGAACCAGAGUGGUUCUCAGCUGGACCGACCAGUCAGUCUGAAACCAUUGAGCUGACUGGCUUUGAUGAUAAGAUACUGGAAGAAGAUCAUAAGGGGAGAAAAAGAACAAGGCGACGGACAGCCUCUGUGAAGGAAGGCAUAGUCGAGUGCAAUGGAGGCGUGGCCGAAGAGGAUGAGGUGGAGGUCAUCCUCGCGCAGGAGCCUGCUGCUGAUCAGGAGGUGCCGAGGGACGCCGUCUUGCCCGAGCAGUCCCCAGGAGAAUUUGACUUUAAUGAGUUCUUUAACCUUGAUAAGGUGCCGUGCUUGGCUUCGAUGAUAGAAGAUGUUUUGGGAGAAGGGUCAGUCUCUGCCAGUCGGUUCAGUAGGUGGUUCUCUAACCCGAGCCGAUCAGGAAGCCGAUCCAGCAGUCUUGGGUCAACACCACAUGAAGAACUGGAAAGACUUGCAGGUCUGGAACAAGCCAUCCUCUCUCCUGGACAGAACUCGGGGAAUUAUUUUGCUCCUAUACCAUUAGAAGACCAUGCUGAAAAUAAAGUGGAUAUUCUAGAAAUGCUACAGAAAGCCAAAGUGGAUUUAAAACCUCUCCUUUCCAGCCUUUCUGCAAAUAAAGAAAAGCUUAAAGAGAGCUCACAUUCAGGGGUUGUGCUCUCAGUGGAAGAGGUAGAAGCAGGGCUCAAGGGCCUGAAGGUGGACCAGCAAGUGAAGACUUCGACUCCUUUUAUGGCAGAACAUUUAGAGGAGACCCUGAGUACUGUGACCAGCAAUCGACAGCUCAAAAAAGAUGGAGAUAUGACUGCGUUCAACAAGCUAGUGAGCACCAUGAAGGCAAGUGGGACUUUGCCUUCUCAGCCCAAAGUCAGCCGAAACCUUGAAAGCCAUUUGAUGUCCCCUGCUGAGAUUCCAGGCCAGCCUGUCCCUAAGAACAUCUUGCAGGAACUUCUGGGUCCACCAGUUCAGAGACCUGCUUCUUCCAAUCUUCUGAGUGGCCUUAUGGGGAGCUUGGAGCCUACGACAUCUUUACUGGGGCAAAGAGCACCCUCUCCUCCCUUGUCACAGGCAUUUCAAACAAGAGCAGCCUCAGCCGACUACCUUCGUCCCAGAAUACCUUCACCAGUUGGUUUCACAGCAGGACCACAGCAGCUACUCGGAGAUCCAUUCCAAGGCGUGCGCAAGCCUAUGAGCCCUGUCACAGCCCAGCAGAUGAGCCAGCUAGAACUGCAGCAGGCGGCUUUGGAGGGGCUGGCCCUGCCGCACGACCUUGCAGUGCAGGCAGCAAACUUCUACCAGCCUGGCUUUGGCAAACCGCAAGCGGACAGAACCAGAGACGGAUUCAGAAACAGGCAACAGCGAGUGACCAAGUCACCAGCCCCUGUGCACCGAGGGAAUUCCUCUUCCCCUGCCCCCGCUGCCUCCAUCACAAGCAUGCUUUCUCCUUCCUUCACUCCUACCUCAGUGAUUCGUAAGAUGUACGAGAGCAAAGAGAAAAGCAAGGAGGAGCCAGCAUCUGGAAAAGCAGCUCUUGGGGACAGUAAAGAGGACACUCAGAAGGCCAGUGAAGAGAACCUCCUGUCAUCCAGCUCUGUGCCCACUGCUGAUAGAGACUCUUCUCCCACUACACAUCCCAAACUGUCGACGCUGCAGCGGUCUUCAUGUUCCACCCCACUGUCCCAGACCAACCGUUACACCAAAGAACAAGAUUAUCGACCUAAAGCAACUGGGAGAAAAACGCCCACCUUGGCAUCCCCAGUUCCAGGAACACCUUUUCUCCGCCCUGUCCAUCAAGUUCCCCUUGUCCCCCACGUCCCAAUUGUGCGGCCUGCUCACCAGCUUCACCCAGGGUUGGUCCAAAGGAUGCUGGCCCAGGGAGUACAUCCACAGCAUCUUCCAAGUCUGCUCCAAGCUGGUGUGCUUCCUCCUGGGAUGGACCUUACUCAUUUACAGGGAAUAUCUGGCCCAAUCCUGGGUCAACCUUUUUACCCUUUACCUGCCACUAGUCACCCUCUCCUAAACCCUCGUCCUGGGACACCUCUGCAUCUGGCAAUGAUGCAACAGCAGCUGCAGCGCUCAGUUCUCCAUCCUCCAGGCUCUGGUUCCCAGGCAGCAGCUGUCAGCGUUCAGACGACACCCCAGAAUGUGCCCAGCCGGUCCGGCCUGCCCCACAUGCACUCCCAGCUGGAGCACCGCCCCAGCCAGAGGAGCAGCUCCCCAGUGGGCCUCGCCAAGUGGUUUGGCUCGGAUGUGCUGCAGCAGCCCCUACCCUCCAUGCCCGCCAAGGUCAUCAGUGUAGAUGAACUGGAAUACCGACAGUGAACAGGCAGGCAGGCUCGCCGGAGCCUGGACCCUGGUGGCACCUGGUCAGAGCUCUGCUUCCUCAUCUCGGGUUGAUUUAUGGGCCUUUAUUUUGUGGCACUCUGAGCAAAGCUGUUCACGGCACCCAGGCACCUGGUGUGGUCUGCAUCAUGACAGAAGGAACUUAACCCGAGUGGAACCUACGUGGUCUGAAUACAGGAUGCACGGUGUUGUCAGUCCUGGAAACAGUCUUUUUUUUGUAAGAUAUGUGAAUGAAGUGUUGGUGUCUUCACCAAAAGGUGACACCUUAAGGGUUCUAAGGAAAUAAAUGUAUAGAACCUUGUGUACAGACCUGUGUAUAAACAACUUUUGUACAUACAUAUAGGAUAGCUUUUUUGAACUUAUACAGCUGUACAUAAAAGUAGCUGACAUUAGUUAAGCCUGUGUCAAGUUUGGAUUUUUUUUCCCACUUGUACAUUUGGAACUUUUUCUUUUGGCCCAUUAAAAUUGCAUAUGCUAAGUGUGUCAAUGAA